AUGAGCAACGACGACAACGCAAAGGCGGGGCGCAGGGGAUGGAUGGGCAUGAUCUCCAGGCCAACGUCGGCCAACUCUACUCGUCCCGUCGCCAUGGCUCGCACUGGCUCUUCAUCGAGCACCCAGAACGGCGCGUUGAGCAAACUGGGACUGGGCACACGCUCUAAUCAGUCUUCGGUCGUCAAUUUGGCAACGCCCAAGGAGGGCGAGGAGCUCGAUAUCAGCAAUCCCAGCUCAAAGGCCUCCACGCCAGCUCCAGAGGCCCCAGCAGCGGUCUCGUCCUCCAGACCCAGCCUGUCCCGUCCCUCUUCGAUCAUCCGCAAUCUCUCUUUCGACUCUCCCCCGAAUUCUGUUCCUGGAACACCCAAGCGACACAACCAGGCCUCGCAAAUCAUUAUAAACGCUCUGGAGCGUACCAGUUCCCAGCAAACACACAAGUCCAACGCCGACUCGCAGAGAAAUCUAUUCGGCAAGUCGUUGAGCAACAUGCUAUCUCUGUCGCGCACCAACACAAAGGAGGACGAUCGCGGGCGAUCCCUCUUCAGCACAAGGCGGAGUAGUGGCAAAUCCGCCUCCCAAGCUCCUCCCGAGAAGCAGGCAGCCUCCCGUAGUCAAUCGCGUGCCCGCUCUUCUUCCCCAUUCUCCCUGCGCAAGUGGCGAUCCCGCGGCAACGACUCCUCUCCGCCACCCCAACCUGUUCCACUCGGGCACUCCGAUGUGGAGUACUCCGAAGCAGAGUCAACGGUCCAAAGUCGUUCGGCUUUCAUGGAUGGGGAAGACACGGAUAACGUUGACGACGAUACCAGCGAUGGCGAUUCUGAUGACGACUCCUUGAGCGACGAGGAUUUCUUUGAUCCCGUCACAGAGAGGAACACGGAACAGAACGCCAUUAUCGCCCCUAUUGCCGCUGAACCCCUGCCCGAAGUCGAAGACCCCGAUCCUGUUGGUGAAGGCGUUAACGUUGUGGUGCCGCUUGAACCCUAUUUCCCGACUACCUUGAACUCUACGGGUGCUCGAGGUAAACGGAACCCUAGGAGGCGCAAGACUAUGCGAACGCACGAACCGCUUCCACUCAACACCUCGAGGCCAGUAUUCCAACGGGACCGCUGUACUAUUACUAUCACUCAAGGUGACCCCGAAGCCAAAUUGACUGAACUGGAUCGCAAGCGCAGACGGUAUGUCGUGGCUAGUGAUCUGAGCGAUGAAUCCCGAUACGCAGUCGAGUGGGGGAUUGGCACUGUGUUGCGAGAUGGAGAUGAGAUGCUAUUGGUCAACGUCAUGGAGAAUGAAGCAAAAGAUCGUAGCACUAAACUUAGAAACCAACAAGAGCGUCAAGGAAUGGCUUACAUUCUCGCCCGUCAAGUGACGGGGCUCUUGCAACGUACUCGUCUCAACGUCACCAUUGCGUGCCAGGCCUGGCAUGCGAAGAAUGCAAGGCACAUGUUACUAGACAUUGUGGACCACGUCGAACCUACCAUGCUCAUCGUAGGUUCCCGAGGUUUGAGUCAUUUGAACGGCAUCCUUCUUGGUUCCACUUCGCAUUAUCUAAUUGAGAAAUGUUCCGUGCCUGUCAUGGUGGCUCGCCGUCGUCUCAAGCGUCCUCCCAAGAAAGCUGCGCACCUCUCGACCUCCCGCAGGCGUGUCAAACUUGCCGAAGCUGGUAUUGAUCGUAUUGCAGGAAAGGUCGAAGAGGACGUCCAUGCCAUGCGUGAUGAACUACAGAAGGAGGAAAAGCGUCGAGAUGGCGGUCCGGGAAGUGUGGAUCGUAUGCCCGACUUCUCGUCUGCCGCUGAAUUCAACGGCAACGACGACGACGAUGACGCAGCUGAGGGAGACAAUGAAGACGACGAAGAGCCUCCUACCAUUGAAGUUCGCGGCCCGAAACAAUAA